CUACGAAUCAGGUGAAUCAGCUAUUGUAUUAGGUACUUUGUGUGUAACGUGCUGUUUGUGAGACAAUUUUUUACACUUGUUACUUAAAUUAUUACUUAAUUUUGAUAAUUCUGGUACACGGUGUCAAUAAUACGCCGGUAUCAAUAUGAGUUACCAAAUGCAGUCGCAAAAUAGACCAAUGUCACACGGAAAUUAUCAAGGACCUGAUGAAAUAGGUUCCAAAGAACAAACACUUAUGUGGCAACAAAAUAAUUAUAUGCCAGAUUCUGGCAUCCAUUCAGGAGCUGCUACGCAAGUUCCAUCGUUGUCAGGAAAAGAAGAUGAAGAUAUGGAAGGUGAUCAAUUGAUGUUUGAUUUGGAUCAAGGAUUUGCCCAAGGUUUCACACAAGAUCAAGUUGAUGAUAUGAAUCAACAAUUGAGUCAAACUCGUUCCCAACGAGUUCGUGCUGCAAUGUUUCCAGAAACUUUGGAAGAAGGUAUCGAAAUACCAUCUACUCAGUUUGAUCCAGCACAACCGACUGCUGUUCAACGUUUAGCUGAACCAAGUCAAAUGCUGAAACAUGCAGUUGUUAAUCUAAUUAAUUAUCAAGAUGAUGCUGAUUUAGCAACACGUGCAAUUCCUGAAUUGAUCAAACUUUUGAACGAUGAAGAUCAAGUUGUUGUCUCACAAGCAGCAAUGAUGGUUCAUCAAUUAUCUAAAAAAGAAGCUUCACGACAUGCUAUUAUGAAUAGUCCUCAAAUGGUAGCUGCAUUAGUUCGAGCUAUUUCUAAUAGCAAUGAUUUGGAAACCACUAAAGGUGCCGUUGGAACUUUACAUAACUUAUCCCAUCAUCGUCAAGGUUUACUUGCAAUCUUUAAAAGUGGCGGAAUACCUGCUCUUGUAAAAUUAUUAAGUUCUCCGGUUGAAUCCGUUUUAUUCUACGCCAUAACAACAUUACACAAUUUACUCUUACAUCAAGAUGGAUCCAAAAUGGCUGUUCGAUUGGCUGGAGGCUUACAAAAGAUGGUAGCUCUUUUACAACGUAACAAUGUGAAAUUUUUAGCAAUCGUUACAGAUUGUUUACAAAUAUUGGCGUAUGGAAAUCAAGAGAGUAAAUUAAUCAUUUUGGCUUCUCAAGGUCCCAUUGAAUUGGUCCGUAUUAUGCGCUCAUAUGAUUACGAGAAGUUAUUAUGGACUACAUCGCGAGUAUUGAAAGUUUUGUCGGUUUGUUCAAGCAACAAACCAGCUAUUGUUGAAGCUGGUGGUAUGCAAGCUUUAGCAAUGCAUUUAGGAAAUCCCAGCCAACGUCUAGUACAAAAUUGUUUAUGGACUUUACGUAAUUUGUCGGAUGCAGCCACCAAAGUUGAUGGACUUGAAGGAUUACUUCAAAGUUUAGUACAAGUUCUUCAAUCUACAGACGUCAAUGUAAUUACAUGCGCAGCUGGAAUUUUAUCAAAUUUGACAUGUAACAAUCAACGAAACAAAGUUACUGUCUGUCAAGUAGGUGGUGUUGACGCACUUGUCCAAACAAUUGUAAAUGCAGGCGAUCGCGAAGAAAUCACUGAACCUGCAGUUUGCGCUUUACGUCAUUUAACGUCGCGACAUGUUGAAUCUGAAAUGGCACAAAAUGCUGUACGAUUGAAUUAUGGAAUGCAAGUAAUUGUUAAACUGUUACAUCCACCAUCCAGAUGGCCAUUGGUGAAAGCUGUUAUUGGCUUAAUCAGAAAUUUGGCCUUAUGUCCUGCAAAUCAUGCUCCACUCCGUGAACAUGGUGCUAUUCAUCAUUUGGUACGAUUAUUAAUGCGAGCAUUCCAGGAUACAGAAAGAAGAUCAUCAGUUGCAAGCAAUGGAAGUCAACAACCUGGAGCAUACGCUGAUGGAGUUCGCAUGGAAGAAAUUGUAGAAGGAACGGUAGGAGCCUUGCAUAUUUUAGCUCGAGAAUCACAUAACAGGGCAAUAAUACGAGGCCAAUUAGUAAUACCAAUAUUUGUGCAACUAUUAUUUAAUGAAAUUGAAAAUAUUCAACGUGUCGCUGCUGGUGUUCUUUGUGAGCUAGCUGCGGACAAAGAAGGUGCUGAAAUGAUUGAACAAGAAGGUGCAACUGCACCCUUAACAGAAUUAUUACAUUCACGAAAUGAAGGUGUUGCAACAUACGCCGCCGCUGUUUUGUUCCGAAUGUCCGAAGAUAAACCACAAGAUUAUAAAAAACGACUGUCAAUGGAGUUAACAAAUUCCUUAUUCCGUGAAGAUCCUAAUCUAUGGAAUAACGCGGAUUUAGGGAUGGGCCCUGAUUUACAGGAUAUGCUUGGCCCUGAUCAAGGGUAUGAUGGUAUGUAUGGCCAAGGGCCUCCUAGUGUACAUAGCAGCCAUGGAUAUAAACAUUUCCAACAACAGCAAGGUUAUGACCAGAUACCAAUAGAUUCUAUGCAAGGUCUUGAGAUCGGAUCCCAUCAUGGCGGUGGCGGAGGAUCAACAUAUGGCCCCAUAGAUGCCAUGGAUGUUGGACCACACGACGCAGAUUUGGGCUUCGAUCAACUCGACACACUCCCAUCACCUCCACAGGGUAAUAAUACUGCAGCCGCUUGGUAUGACACCGAUCUCUAAUCAUUAGAUACAUACAUAUAUAAAUAUAAUACAUCAUUAUUUCUAUUGUAAUAAUCAUUAUAAAAAUUGAUUGACAUUAUUGAUUAUAUAUUUUUAUUUUAUAAUUAGAAAAGUAAGACUGUAAAACGUAAUAUUACGAACAAAGCAAAAACAGGUUUUUUUUUUCAUAAUUUUUCAAAUUGUGGUUAAAUUAAUUAUUAUUGCAUAAAAUAAUUGUCUUAAGUUCAAAAAAUGGUGAUUUUGAACAUAUAAAUUCAUUUUUUUUUAAAUUGUUAAUAUCUAAAAUUUGUUUCAUUAAAGCACAAAAGAUAAGUAAAACAAGAUUAAACACUUUUGAAAUUGCACAACAUCUGGAAGAAAUUAUCCGUAAUUUCAAAAAAUACGGUACCGAAUUCAUAAUAAAUUUUCGUGGGGCCACUAGUAGGGUUGCCAAUUCCGUAAGAAGUAAUUCCAGGACAUUAUGAAAAGUAGUCAAUAUACAUAUACUACGUAAGUAUACUACUAUAUGCAGGACAUAUACUUAUUAAGCGGAAUAAAAAAAAAAUAAUAAAAUUUUUAUUUAAAAUCACAUGAAAUUGCAAUAUUUUUGGCUUAUAAAUUUCAACGAUUUAUACCGUACAGAUCCGAAUAUCCGUAAUCAAAUGAAAUUACACUAACAGGACAGAAAAUCUAAGAAAUGCAUAAUUCGAAAAUAGAUAAAAUUAUAUAAAGAUAGAAAAAGUUUCAACCACAUUUACCAUUAGAAAAAUAAAAGUUAUUUAUGUUUUAAAUCGAGAGUGGGCAAAAUGCUCGUAACGCGAGUGCUGAAGAGUUAUAUCAGUUCAAACUCACAUUAGAGAUCCAUGCUAUAGUGUAAUUCUAACCAAUAUGCGUUAAAAUGAAUGUUCUCUUAAUCUUACAUUUAGGACGUUUGGCAAUUCUACUUACUAGGUCGUUUUUGAUAAUAAAUCACCAUUUGCUGAAAAGAUAGAUAUCAAUGAUAAUAUACAUUUAGUAUAUUGUAGUAACAAAUAUUUAUAUAUACAUUCUUUAUUUAAUUGACAUAUUCGUAUGUUGUUAUAAUUUUAAUUUAAAUAUUGAUUUUUUUUUAUUGACUUUUAUAAAUAUUUUAUUAAUCAUUAUUUUACCUUUCCAAUUCAUAAUAUGUAUGACUGAUAAAUGAUUAAAUAUAAAACAAUAUGCAUGUUCUGUGAUUGAAUGGGAAUUUCGCACAUUCUUGAUGUAUUUUAAGCAAAAUCCUCCUCUUAAUUCAUCAUCAUUAGAAGUAAAUUUAAAAAAAAUUGUAUUUUUUACUUCAUACAACACCGUUGAAUUCGCAUUUUUUCUUCAAAUUGUUUUUAAUAAAUUCGUUAAGGUUGUAAAUGAGAAUUGAGCGGUGUAAUUAUUACAAAAUGUAGACGUUUCUCAAAAUUCAAUGUAUAAAUGUGAACAAAAAGUAUAUUUUACUUUAUACUUUAUUUUUGUUUUUCACACAUUCUAAAGCGCAGGGUUAAAAACCGUAUGGUAGGGCCAUUUGAUGGCUCUACUUAAAUGUAUUUGUUUUGAUCUUUGUAAAUUUCAAGUUCUAUUCGCUGAUAGAAUGGAGUAAAUUUAUUCAACUUUCACACAUUACAUAAAUAAAACAUACACACCAUUGGCUCGCAGUUUACUUAGCAGUAUUUUAGUGUAGUAUCGUAAUUUUAAAUAAAUCUCUUUUAAAUAAAACAUUUUUAUUAGAUAUAUUUGGUUCUUAGAAUAAAACAAAAACAAGAAAACUUUUUAAAUACAAUAAAU